GACAUGCUAGGUUCAAACUGUCUGGGUUGUGUGAAAUAGUUUUGUGUAAAGGCAGGACAAUUUGCAGUUGAGUAGCCUACACAGUAUCUCAACUCACUUUCUAGAGCUCUCGUGGAUAUGGCCAAGUGGAGAGGAGAAAGAAGAAGCCUUUCACCAUCAGGAUUCUGGAGUGACCGGGAAUGGGACUCUGACCUGAGCCGUAGAUCUUUCCGGCACACUCUUAGGUCUCUAAGUCCCCUCACUCUCUCGGAUCUUGACUUCUGGGAUAGUAGAUCUCUUUUUAAAGCUCGGAAAUCUCCAGCAUGGAGCUGUGUAGGCUUAUCUGGAUUGACUGACUGCUCAAAAAUCAGCACCAGCACUCUUGACAGCCAGAAACACAGGGGCUCUUUGGGCAUGACGAGAUGGUCAUCUACAUCCCAUUUGGCUCCAGAAGGAGCUUCACGAACACACUCUUCUGCUGAGGACUUUGAGCUCAGAGCUGCUCUAGAGGAAAGCAGCAUGAGGAGGGCAGAGCUCGUCCAGAGGCUCCGAGAGGCCAGAGGUCACCUGGAUGUUCAGACAGACCUUCUGAAAACCAAAGGAUCUCAGCUUCAACAAAGCCAGAGCAUCUCAAACUUUCUGGAGAUGAAGCACAAGCAGCUGUCUGAAGCAGUGAGUGCUCUUGAACAAGACAAGGAAGCUGCAGAGCUGAGCCGAUUUGCGGAAAGCCGCCAUCGAGGGGAGUUACAUGACAAGGAUCAAGAUCUGAAGAACCUGGAGAUACAGAGGAUAACAGAGAACGCAGAGACUCAGAUCAAGAUAUCCGCCCUGGAGCUAAUUUUUGGACAUAAAGGGCUGCAGUCGAGACAGGAAGUGGUCAGUGAAUGCAGUCCUGAGGACUUAGUGUCACCGAAGGCCCUGUUAGAAGAAAGCAGAAGGCGAGCAGAAACGCUUGAGAAGGAGAGAGACCAAGCCUUACAAAAACUGCAUGAUUUUGAACCUCCCCAGCAGAAAGAAAUUCCACCAGAGUCUAAAAAACAGAAACCUUCUGGUUCAGACCUUGUAGAUCCUAACCAACAGAGGAGGCUGGUCACCGAGCAGCUGAAAAGUCUGUUCAGAGAGAGAGAGCAGCGUGGAGAAAGGUCUCCAGUGUUUCCAAGAAGAUCUGGUUUGGUCAAAAACGGGGUCCAAAAUGCUACAAGUAUUAAGAACUGGAAUGCUGUUGACACAUUAAACCAUCAGGGAAGAAAAACACAGAAACUGGAGCAAGAACUCCAGCAGGGGGCAACAAAGAGGUCUUCAUCCCAGAUCUCAGUCUCUCAGUGGGGAUCAAAGAGGUCGGAGGAGGAGAAACAUCCAACCAACCUGAAGAACCACAGCAAGACAACCCAGAUGUCAGCAGUGAGAGAUGCAAUGGAAAAUCUAAAAGAGAAAUGAAAAUCUGCCUGAAGCCAAAGUAAUACUCCUCAACCAAACGUACAACAGGACAAAUUUCCCCUGGGCUACAAUGAUGGAACAUUCCUUGCGAGGCAGGUUGAGGUUUGUGACUCAGAUUUGGAAGACACGAAAGGGUCCAUUUGAGGAGGAGAGGGGAGCCAACUUCUGGAGUGAUGAUAAUCCAUUGUGAAAAUCCAUACUGCACUGACAACUUUACUAAAUGCACCUUAAUUACCAUUUAUUAUGAAUUAUACA